CGGUGGCCUGGGCAAAGCUAGCCUGGACGGGCGGCUGGUGUUGACUGCGCGGGGAGCGCGACGUCCAUGUAAACAAGGCAGGGGAAGAAGGGGCGCCUCAGGUGAGGAGGGGGCGCCCGGAGGGAAGGAGGGCAGGGCGCUCCGGGCACCUUUGGGCUCAGGAAGAGGUCGAAGGGACGCCCCUGGAUCCGAACUGAGACCCCAGGGGUUUGCGUGAUAGGAUUUGGGGAGGCAGGAAAAGAGGUUGGGGGCCCCGGCUGUGCCCCGUAAGGUCGGGGCGGGGGGCGGGAAGAGAAGGCACUUUAUUAUUACCAAUUAUAUAUAUACACGUGUGUGUGUGUACCCCCUAUAUAUUUUUAUAUAUGCACACCCCACCUUUUUCCCUGACAGGGACUCAAGGCGGCUUACAGAUAAAAUAAGAACAGCAAAAACAUAGGGGGAGAAACAUCAUUUAAGACAAUUAAGUAUAUAAUUGUCUAGAUAUUCCAUUUUCAAUGUAUAUUCAUUUAGAGCAUUUGUACCUUGGCUCAUCAGCCAAAACAGCUCCCAGAGCAGCUUACAUGAAAGCAAGACUACCCACAGGCUUACAUUCUAAUUAAGAAAUAAAAAUGCCACACAUAAAGGAAAAGGGACAAGGAGGGAAGAGGAAAAUAGAAAACUCAAAACUCAGGCACCAAUUUCUAGACCGUCCUUCCUCUAUUGAGCUGACAUAGUUCAGAGGCGCCUGAUGGAGCCAGCAAAGCGCAUGCAAUGAACCCUGCUUCCUAUAUCUCUUCCUCUCCCUCUGAGGCAGCUUGACGAAAUGGCUGCCCCCAGAUGACGGCUGAGGGGAGGAGGAGGCCUGAAGAAGCUGGCCCCUUGCAGCAGAGCUAAUGGGAAAAUUUACAGAUAAUUACAAUAAAAACUGCAUGGCGCCAGUUGGAGGGUAUUCCAGAUUCUGGGAGCAGCCACCAUCGCGAAGGCCCUCUCCUGGGCCUCAGUUGCAGGGGCAUUUACAGAGAAUUACCUCCCAAGUGGGAAAACGGAUCAGAGGAAGCCACAGGUGCAGGUUAUGGUACAAUAAGACUUGGGGAAGAAUCCGGUAAGGAUCCCAUUACAGAGCUGGUUAGCUAGAGGCUGUGAGAGGCAGUACUAGGGAUCUGGGGCCAAGGGAGGGUGUCAUGGGAGUUGUUAUGGGCGGUAGAGAGAAUCUGAACAGGAAGAGAAAAACAUCUUGUAUAAGGAGGACAAGACUGGCAGUAACCAGAGUCAGAGAUUGGGGUGUCCCAGGAUAAUAAAAAUAAAAAUAUCCCAUCUGGCUGGGUUUCUUCAGCCACUCUAGGCGGCUUCCAACAAAAGAUUAAAAAUACAUUAAAACAUCAGUCAUUAAAAACUUCCCUAAACAGGGCUGCCUUCAGAUGUCUUCUAAACGUCAGAUAGUUGUUUAUUUCUUUGACAUCAUGAUGACGAUUUGUAAGCUGGAGGAGCAGGGAAACAAUGAGAAUAACAAAUGUAACAGGAAAGUAUUGGAGCUGCUUUUCAUGUGCGGUGUAGUGGUUAAGAGUGGUGGACUCGUAAUCUGGGGAACUGGGUUCGCGUCUCCACUCCUCCACCUGCAGCUGCUGGGUGACCCUGGGCUAGUCACACUUCUCUGAAGUCUCUCAGCCCCACCCACCUUACAGAGUGUUUGUUGUGGGGGAGGAAGGGAAAGGAGAAUGUUAACUGCUUUGAGACUCCUUUGGGUGGUGAUAAAGCGGGAUAUCAAAUCCAAACUCUUCUUCUUCCUUGGCAUUGUUCCUCUGUGUUGAUUUCUGUUUCUGACUUCCUCCUCUCCCUGUCAUGGCAACCAUCACAUUGGGGAACAGUGUGCGGGAGAAGGCACCCCCUGUGUUCCUGACCCCAUUGAGGGGUGUCCCCACAGGCUCAUCAUGGCACAGCAACGUGGGGUCAACAGCCUUCGCUUCAACCAAGAUCAGAGUAAGUGAUCUCCUACUACUGGAUCUCCAGCUUGGAUCCUCCACUGCACUUUUACUAGGAGUCAUGAGCUCCCCCAAAACUGAGCCUUUCUUUUUGGAGAACUGAAGGAUCUUGGGCCCUGAGGAGACACUGUUAGCCUAACAUCUGAGGGCAGUGUGUGCCUCUGACUAAAGCUUUCCAUUGUGGUUAACUUCUAAAUUGUGAGGUGCUGGGACUCAGGCCUACCUCAAAGCUCUUCUCACAAUCCCAAGUGAUUGGAAAGUAUGCAGUGGUUACUUAUGGGUGAAAGAAAAGCCCUUUGUUGCUGCUUGGAGGCUUAUAGCUUCAUUUGUUUUAGGGCCGGUCCCUAGCAUUGACUGCAGGGCUUCAUCCUGAUUCAGACUAAACCUUCAAGUGUUACAUUUUCAGCGUGUGUUUAUUUCCUUUCAUUUAUUUUAUAUGCUGCUCCUCCCUCCAGCCCCUGCAAAAUCAAAAAUUAAAAAACCCUAAAAGUGGUUUGUGACAAUAAAAAUAUACAUACAAAAUAGCCAGGCAUGUUUGAUCCGUUCCUUCUUCCACUGUAGGCUGCUUCUGCUGUGCUAUGGAGACUGGGGUUCGGAUCUAUAAUGUGGAGCCUCUCAUGGAGAAAGGCCACCUUGGUAAGAAAUGGAGGGGCCUGAAAAUGGAAUUGUGGGGCACCUGUUUCUUCUACACACAGGUGUGUGUCCUAAACGUACCCCUCUCUCUUUUUCCUUCUGCCAGAUCAUGAACAGGUGGGCAGUGUGGGAUUGGUUGAAAUGUUACACCGAUCCAAUCUCCUUGCUAUUGUCGGUGGAGGUGGCAACCCCAAAUUCUCUGAGAUCUCAGGUAUGUAUCAAGGGAAAGAAGGGAGGGAGGCUUUCAGAACAUAGCGUAUUUUUCGCUCUGUAAGACGCAUUUUUCCCCUCCUAAAAGUAAGGGGAAAUGUGUGUGCGUCUUAUGGAGUGAAUGCAGGCUGCACAGCUAUCGCAGAAGCCAGAACAGUGAGAGGGAGAUCUGCACAGCACUCUUUCUCACUGUUCUAGCUUCUGGCUUAGCCGCACGCAGCCUCUUCAGGGGAGUGGGGAGCCUUAAUCCCGCUGCCCUGAAGAGGCUGCGCAGCUGUCCCAGAAGCCAGCUAUCCCUGCACACCGAUUCCUCUUGCUCUUCUGGCUUCGAGGAUAGCCACGCAAAGCCUCUUGAGCGCAGCGGGAGCGCUCCUGCCUCUUUGCUCAAGAGGCUUUGCGUUGCUUUCUUGUUUCUUGUUUUCCUCCUCUAAAAACUAGGUGCGUCUUAUGGUCGGGUGCGUCUUAUGGAGCGAAAAAUACAUUAGCGAUCUGGCAUAGUUGUGAUUUCUGGAGAUAUAUAAUUGCUUCACUUCCAUCACCUAAUACUUAUAACCUCCAAAGAGGGGGGAAGUUAUCUCCUUGUUGGUUUGCUAUGAUUUUCUUCUCUCACACCCCCAAUGUUUCCUUUGUAGUCUUGAUCUGGGAUGAUGCCCGUGAAGGGAAGGAGGGCAAAGAGAAGCUGGUUCUAGAAUUCACCUUCACCAAGCCAGCCCUGGCUGUUCGCAUGAGGCAUGACAAGUAUGUUGAAGAAUCAUCCUGUUUCACCAGGUUCUGGAGCUGAUUUGGGAUGGGGUAUAUGGAGUCAUGUUCACAGCAGAGGAAAAAUUAGGAUAUAAAUGAAGGCACACUAUCUUCAUUUCUAGUACUCUUGUGUAUGGCAUUUUCCAAAUCCAGAUUUUGCCCCCAGGAAUGUGCUUAAAACCGAGCUGUCCAUAUCAACACAGCACAACUAAUUGUGUACCGAUUGACUGUUGUAUGAAGUGAGUGGACAUAACAAUUUAACAGCCUUGAUGACGAUGACAAUAAAACAAAAGCAUCAGCAAAAAAACAGAAGGAUCCAACAUAAAUCUUGCAAUAAAAAAACAGGACUAUAGUAAAAUGAACACAUGAAUGUGUACAGGUUUUUUAAAUGCUGUAAAUGUGGCAAUGAGAGGAUGACGUCUGUAUAGCCAUGCCCUAUCUGUGCCUCAUAUUUUCACCACCAUCAGGUCUUGGGAACUUUAUAUGUUUGUGUAUUUUUUUCCAAGGGACCUUUUUCUGCCUGUGUUAGGAACAGAAGCAUAUUUUAUUCUGCAUGUGCCAAAUUUGAGAAAGGGAGAGAGGCAUUUAGAUUUUUUUGAACGUAUAUAUGCCAGAAUGUAAGCUUGGAUCAUGGGUUCUCAUCUGAGUCCUCCGUGGUAAUAAAGAACUGAAGUUUUCCUUUUUCAAAAAUGUGCUCUAUAGCCAAUGGAGCAGCUCUGCCAUUCAUGCAAAGUCAGCCACAUCCUUUGCAGAACAUUUCUCAGAUAUAUAUGCAUGUAUAGAUGCACACGUGCAGGGAGAGAGUUUAAAUUACAAUCCUUUUUAAAAAAAAAUAUUUUUUAUUAAGUUUUCCAUUUUAACAAUCCAAUCAGAUCACAUUAAGUAUUCCAAAUUAUAUAAAUACAUAUCAUAUAGUCCAAAUAUUCUGCCAAAUUAUAAAUUUUUGUUGGGGCUUCCCAUGCUUCAAGUUCAGUGGGGCUCUAAUCAUCUUAUGUUUCUACUGCCUUGAGUUUCCAAUAGUUCCUUCUUUAAAUCUUCCUGUUAUCCUUCCUUCAGUUUAAAUUACAAUCCAUUUAGUUCUGUACUUUUAUUUUGCUCUUCCCAAUUCCAGGAUCAUCAUUGUGUUGCGGAAUCGAAUCUACGUCUAUUCCUUCCCAGAUAACCCCACCAAGCUCUUUGAGUUUGACACUCGGGAAAACCCCAAAGGUAUGAGCCCCAUACAGUCUCCCUCUCUCUCUCUCUCUCUCUUUCUUUCUCUCUCUCUCCUGCUACCUUCACCUGAACAGCCCCUUCUUAAGUCAGCAGACCCCAUCACAGUCCUAUUCAUGUACGAGAAUCGAGCCCAGCUCUGAUUGUUGUCUGCUUUUCCCUUCCACUUCAGGACUCUGUGAUCUCUGCCCCAGCUUGGAGAAGCAGCUCCUGGUUUUCCCUGGGCACAAAUGUGGCAGUUUGCAGCUAGUGGUAAGUGGAGAGGGCAGGAAAGGCAGGCAUAGGAUAACCAUCAACAAACCCAUCCUUAGUCAGUGCUGGCUUAUUAUCACUGUCAUUUAACAGUUUGGAACUGCCUCUGUUGAGCAGUACCAAGGAUCUUUCUAAUCACUAAAAAAAAACCAACCUGGCUCAUCCAGAACCAAAGGUGGUUUAUCCCAUUCCCAUGUAGUACAGGAAAGGUUAAGGGCAUUAACAUUACUCAUCAAGGAUUGUAUCCAAAGCUGCUAGUGUAAUUAUUCUGGUGCAGUACCCUGCAUGUACCCCAAAAUCUACCCAGGGGACCCCCCAACCCUCUGGUGCUGGUUUUGAGGGCUUUCAGGGGGUUGGAGAGAGCAGGAGAGGAAGAGCACAUGGAAGUCCCUUGCCACUGCAGAGACAUGUUGUAGGAUGUAAGCUGGCAGGUGGAACUGCAGUUUCCUGGCUCAGUUAUUGGGUGUUUUUGCUCAUUUGCAGAUUCUAGUUUUUUAUUGAUAGAUUGUUUAUUUUGCUUGGUUAAGCAACCAUGUUCAUAGAUGGAUUGUCAAGCAGUCACAGGCAGGGUGUGAACACAUCCCUAGUAUUGAAACAAUUCAGAAUUCUGUGUCCUGCAUCAUAAAAAGUUGUGGGUGGGUGGGUCAAGGUAAACAGUUUGCAUAUGUAUUAUAUGGGAUGAAUUGAACAGCUUCAACACAUGCCACAGAACUUCUACUGCACUUUAAAAAAGUGGAUGGUUAAGUCCAGUCAAAGGCAACUAUGAGGUGUAGUGCUCAUCUUGCUUUCAGGCUAAGGGAGCCGGCUUUUGUUUGUAGUCAGCUUUCUGGGUCAUGCGGGCAGUAUGACUAAACCACUUCUGGCGCAACGGAAUACCGUGACAGAAGCCAGAGAGCACGGAAAAGCAGUUUACCUUCCCACCGCAGCAGUACCUAUUUAUCUACUUGCGCUGGUGUGCUUUCAAACUGCUAAGUCGGUAGAAGCUGGGACAGAGCAAUGGGAGCUCACUCCAUCACUGGGAUUCAAACCGCCGACCUUCCGAUCAGCAUGCCCAAGAGGCUCAGUGGUUUAGACCACAACGCCAUCCACUCCCCUACUGCUCCCCUCUACCUUACUGCGCUAGCAGAAGUUGCACAGUGGCUUCCAUUGUAUUCAGCUUUAUUUUACGGGGAUGAGUAAGAUCUAUGCAGGGCACUGAUUGCCUCACUCCCUGGUAACAGAAAAUCUUCCCUGGUCAAAUAUCAGCAUUGCUACCACGCCAGGCUUCUGAAAUUCCUCCAAGCAGUGCCCCUAUACUUGGGUUUGUCCUUGCAGUAAUAAGGUGACUUAUCGCCAGGUGAGUUUUGCCCAGUGCACACAAACAUCCUGAGGUCAAGGGGGGGAGGGAGAAUGCAAGCAUGAUGUGGCACAUGAUCAGUCUUUACAAACCAUAGGGUUUGGAGGGGCAUUUUCUGUCUGGACCAGCCUCCCAUGUCUGUGGCUGUGCUGAAACUUGAUAUUCCCAGUCAAGUGCUAGUAUGUGAAUCACUAGUUCAUUUAGAAUCCCCCCUUCCGGCUGCUCAGUCACGUGACAUGGAGCAAGCAAGGCUGCAUAUUGGAUCAUGCUUCUUCUUUUGACCAAAAACUAUUUUGUCCCCAACUUAGGAUCUUUCCAGCACCAAGCCUGGGACCUCCUCUGCCCCCUUCACGAUCAACGCCCACCAGAGCGAGAUCGCCUGCAUCUCUCUCAACCAGCAGGGAACUGUGGUGGCCUCUGCCUCUAAGAAAGGGACCCUCAUCCGCCUCUUUGACACCCAGACCAAGGAGAAGCUGGUGGAGCUCAGGAGGGGAACAGAUCCAGCUACCUUGUACUGGUGAGAAACGACACACUCCCAGCCACGCAUGUUAGGAAUACAUUCUUCACGAAAUAGGUUAAUAGUUCCUCGAAACUUUAAAAAAGCGUUCCAGAAGUUUCUUCAAUGUGUAGGAGUGGCACUCCAAGCUUAAUUGAUGUCAGCUGGAGAUGCAAUUAAAAGGAGGAAGUUGAGUUUGCAAUGUGAGGCACGAGGAGAGCACACAUACACUGUUAGUAUGCUUGCUUACAGCUAUCUGAAGAAGUGUGCAUGCACACGAAAGCUUAUACCAAUAACAAACUUAGUUGGUCUCUAAGGUGCUACUGGAAGGAAUUUUUUUAUUUUGCUUCGACUACAGCAGACCAACACGGCUACCUACCUGCUUACAGCUAGUUUGGAUAUAUGGUGAAGUGUGCUGCUGAUACUCUGAGUUUGCGGUAUCAGGACUGUUUAUUACUAGACUGAAAGUAUAGUGUGCCAAAGAGAGGAAGAAGGACUGUAAAUAGUUUGUAGAUGGUAGUAACUAAAAAUGCUUGUAUAACCAAAUAAUAAUAAUAAUUUAUUAUUUAUACCCCGCCCAUCUGGCUGAGUUUCCCCAGCCACUCUGGGUGGCUCCCAAUCAAGUGUUAAAAACAGUACAGCGUUAAAUAUUAAAAACUUCCCUAAACAGGGCUGCCUUCAGAUGUCUUUUAAAGAUGGGAUAGCUGCUUAUUUCCUUCAUAUCUGAAGGGAGGGCAUUCCACAGGGCGGGCGCCACUACCGAGAAGGUGCUCUGCCUGGUUCCCUGUAACCUCACUUCUUGCAAUGAGGGAACCGCCAGAAGGCCCUCGGUGCUGGAUCUCAUUAUUAGUGGCCAGGUGGCCAUGGCAGUCCAGCGACAUCGAGGAGCAUUGGGCAGAUAGUUUUGUGGGGCUUUGGGGAGACGCUCUGCAGUGGCGACUCUACUUUUACCUCUCCUGCUCUUUUCGCAGGGAAUUUGUCAUUGCAUGGAUGCAGUGGUGGGGAAGAGAUUUUUAAUCAGGCGUUCUCACCGAUCACCUUAACCUUCUCUUCUCUCCACAGCAUUAACUUCAGCCACGACUCUUCAUUUCUCUGUGCCUCCAGUGACAAAGGGACCGUCCACAUCUUUGCCCUGAAGGAUACCCGCCUAAAUCGGCGCUCAGCGUAGGUAGUUGGACGACGCGCUUGAGGGAAAGUGUUGCCGCCUGUACUGUUCUGACCCUCUUCCUUCCCCCCUCUUUCAGGUUGGCCCGUGUGGGAAAGGUCGGGCCCAUGAUAGGCCAGUACGUGGAUUCUCAGUGGAGUCUGGCCAGCUUCACGGUGCCAGCGGAGUCUGCCUGCAUCUGCGCCUUUGGCAGGAAUACCUCCAAGAACGUCAACUCGGUCAUUGGUGAGUGGCACUGAUGGGUGGCUGUGGGUGACUCUCUUGCCCUGUAUUGGCUGCUUGACAGCUCGCUGCAGAACAGCUGUGGCUGUGCCCCAUGGCCGGCCCUAACGUUAGACAUGAGGACACAGCCUGCCUCGGGUGGUGGUUUGGCUGCCACUGAACAGCAACAAAUUGCCCGUUGUGAAGUUUAUUGUUAUAAUCCCUUCCCACACUCCCACAGCUCGGCCACAGACAUAGGUAAGGUAAAGGUAAAGGGACCCCUGACCAUUAGGUCCAGUCAAGGAUGACUCUGGGGUUGCGGCGCUCAUCUUGCUUUAUUGGCCGAGGGAGCUGGCGUACAGCUUCUGGGUCAUGUGGCCAGCAUGACUAAGCCACUUCUGGCGAACCAGAGCACCGCACGGAAGCGCCGUUUACCUUCUCACCGGAGCAGUACCUAUUUAUCUACUUGUACUUUGACGUGCUUUCGAACUGCUAGGUCAGCAGGAGCAGGGACCAAGCAACGGGAGCUCACCCCGUUGCAGGGAUUCGAACCGCCGACCUUCUGAUUGGCAAGUCCUAGGCUCUGUGGUUUAACCCACAGCGCUACCCGCGUCCCACGGACAUAGGAGGGAGGCCCAAUUUUGAACUUCCUUCCUCGUAAGCUCUCUUUGGAUAAUCGUUCCUGCUGUGUCCAGAGUGUCUCAGUUCUAUUUCUCUUCUUACAGCUAUCUGCGUCGAUGGCACUUUCCACAAAUACGUCUUUACCCCAGACGGCAAUUGCAACCGCGAGGCCUUUGACGUCUACCUGGAUAUAUGUGACGAUGAUGACUUUUGAGCCCAGCUGAGCCCCUGCCAUGGGCAGGCAGAAGAAGCAUGCUGGGCAACUGGGGGAGCAUUUGCUUUGGGGCAUGUUAAGGACCCAGGCUGGGAAAGAACAAGGUUCUGGUGGGAAUCCCACUGGACUUUUAUGACAAGGUGGGAUAGAUCCUCAGAGAACUCUCCUCUCGAUGCUGUCGCCUCGGGUAUCCUGUUCCUGCGCUCCCUUUGCCUGGCUACCCAUCCCAUGUGGGACCAGCGAGAAGGCUCAGUGGGGUGGAGUUUUUGUAAAGAGAACUUUUCAGAGUCUGCUCAGCCUGGAUUUUGGAAGCUGGGGAGGCAGGUUCCCAGCUCUUGGCAGACAUUUGGAGGGGGCAGGGUGGAGAAGGGGUAGAACUAUCAUUAAAGUUCAAGUGCAAAUGC